CGCAGUUGGCAAGCCUCGUCUUUUCGCCUAUGUGGCUACUGUAAAACAAGCGUUAAAACAGCUGUUUGUACAGUAAUACAUUGAAAUGAAACCUUUCCUUCUGGCUUUAUUCUGGCUCUGCAGUUGCGCUUUAGCAGACGACGACGAGCGACUGCCAAACAAAUGUGAAGUGUGCAAGUUCUUGACAGUGGAACUGCAGGCAGCCCUGGAGAGGACGGGUCGCUCCAAAGAGGUGCUGGAGCUCGGGGAGGUCCUAGACACGGGCAAGCGCAGGCGCAAGAUAAAAUACAACACCUCGGAAACCCGACUGACAGAAGCUGUGGACAACAUAUGUGAAGGCAUCCUGCAGUAUAAUGUCCAUGCAGAGAGGCCCGGCAGCCUCCGUUACGCCAAGGGCACCAGUCAGACCAUGGCCACUCUGAAGAACCUGGUCAACAAGGGCGUAAAGGUGGAACUGGGCUUGCCAUUUGAGCUAUGGGACGAGCCCUCUGUGGAAGUGUCAGACAUGAAGAAACAGUGUGAGACGAUGCUGGAGCAGUAUGAGGACAUAGUGGAAGACUGGUACUUCCAUCAUCAGGACAAGCGGUUAGAGAGCUUCCUCUGUGAAAGCCAUGUCCUCAAGAUGUCUGAGCAAGAAUGUCUGAAGGAGGUGUGGAAAGGGGACCUGGGGACCAAGGGAGGAGAGAAGAGGAGAUCAGCAGAGGAGGCUGAAAGUGACGUCGUUGACGAUGUGAAGACCCAUGAUGCUGGAGAACUGUGAGGGGAAACCGAUGACGAUCUUCAAGACUUGACUUCAGUAAGCAGCUCAGCACCACAUCAUUUGACGUUGUCUCUCCUCGACGUGUCUUCGGCAAUAUUCUUGGAGCCGAAACACAGCCUUCACCUUUUUAGAAAGAGGAUUAUGCUGAGAUGUUACUUACGAGCAAUAUUUUCACUUUUGGCUGAGUGGUAAGCCAGUCACAAUAUGGAUAAACAAAUAGUUGUCUUUUCCUUUUCAUGUUUUCAAAACUGUUCUUGGAGCUAAAUCAUUGUACCGACUUCUGGGAGAGAUACCAUUGAGACAUUUAACCAGAUUUAUGCAAAUUAUCUCCCAUGUCCUCGUAGCAGUUUUGUAAAAUAUAUUCAUGUACAUUUUUAGAACCUGUUGCAUCCUUUGUCAUACCCCUAUCUGUUUUUAUUGUCACCCGAUGCCAAAUAUUGAUACACUCUUUUACUAUUUUGUGAAUUUUGCUACACUAAAGCUACAAAGAAGGUAGUUGAUGAUGUAGGAAAAGGAGAUUUGGUACCAUGUCAGACAGAUACACCUUUUCAGUAUUACUUUAUUGUGAAUGCUGUUACUCUUUUACUAGCCAGUAUUUGUACGUAGCUACUUUUGGAUACUCUUGAAUUAUUUUUUAAAGCAAAAUGCAAUAUGUACAGUUUUUCCAUCGUGAAUAAAUGAUUUUGUA